UUAUACAAAAAUCAACCUUUGGAUUCAUUCAACUCUUUUGAAUCGACGGAUUUCAAUAUCACGAACACAAUCACACCACUCAAGAAUGGAUCUUCCUCAAGAAAUCGAUGAUUACUUACGGGAAUCGAUAGAGUAUUCGCUCGGCCUUCCCGUAUCUACACGUACUCUGGAGUUAAAGCUUCGAUCCUCCGAAGAAGCACAAAGGCAUAGCCGUGAUCAGUGUUUCUAUUUGAAAUCGAAAUUGAUGGAGAAAGAUAAAACCAUCGAUCGUGUUAGGGCUGAAGCAAGUAUGAAUGCACAAGCUGUAAAGAGAUUUGUAGAAGAAAAUCAAAAAUUGGCCAUGGAAUGUGAUAACUUGUUAAGUCAGUGUACAAAGUGGGAGAAGGAGUGUUCAUUGUAUGAUCGUGAUCGAGAAGCUUUGAUGGACUUUGGAAACGAGGCCGAUGAAAGGGCAAAGGAGGCAGAGUUGCGUGUUCAUUAUUUGGAGGAGGAAUUAAGCAAAUUGUCAGAAGAACUGCAGUAUUUUAAGCAGCAGUCAAACGUGCAAAAGGUUGGUGAGCCGACAGACAACGAAUCUACAGAACAUCUUCUUAUUGAUGCAUUACUCUCAACUUUGAUCAACAAGGAGGAAAUUGCAUCAACGGCACACUCGUUUUUAGAGGCCAAUAUUGGAGUCGAUGUGUGUCAAAAGAUGUUAAAAAGAUGGGAUCGCUUGAAGCCAUCAGCACGGGCAGUUUUGAGUCUGGCUUCUGAGGUCAAGAAGUUGCAGGAAGAUAAAGACCAUUUAAGGAUUAAUCUCACGAAAGCUGAAGAGGAGGUUACAGUCUUGUUUGAUGAAAACAACGUACUAGAUAAGGAAAACAGGCGGUUGAUGAAGCUACUCCAAAAAGAACGACACCUUCUUGAUUCUGGAGGAAAGCGUAGCAGCGCAUCCAUCAAGAACCAUAAGCGAAAAUCUAGUCCGUGUCCAAAGGAGAGUAGCCCGAUUGAGAAGAAAAUCGACUUCAGUGAUGCUACUAGUUCACCAAGGCAACCAUUGUCUCCAUUGCUACAUAACAAGUAAUUCUUACACGCUUCCAUUAAUCUUGCUUAGAUUCUUCUGUAUUGCUAAUUCUUGUUGAAAUCCCAGAUCAGAUCUUUUAGAACUAACCUGGGAUUGUCGGUUUCAAAUAAUUCUUUGAAAACGUUUGACCGAUGUAUGACACAAUACACGUUACAGAAUCUUGAUAUUGUGAUUCUGGGUUUGCACCGAAAUCCAAAAUUAGCGAUACCCGUGUAUGCUUUCUAGUUAUUGUGACAAAUUUCUUUGAAAACAAUGGCAAAAGUACAAAGUUAUAGAAUCUUGAUCUUGAUAGAAUUUUAAUUGAAUCUUGGGUUGGUAUCAUAGCCUCUCUACCCCAUGGUCUAAGGAAUGUUUGCAUACAUCCUU